AUGGCCUCUCGUCAUUCGCGCAAGCUCCUGCGACCUCUGCUCUACACCUCCGCGGCAGCCGCCGCCGGAGCGGGCGUUCUCUACAUCUCCUACCGUCCUCGUAAUAUCCCCGGUUUCGAAGCACCCGCAAUCCAAGACUUGAAGAAGAGUCAGAAAGAAGAGGAGCCUUAUGACCUGUUGGUGAUUGGCGCCGGUGCUACCGGCUCCGGUAUCGCUCUCGAUGCUGCGACACGAGGUUUGCGGGUCGCUAUGGUUGAGCGCGACGAUUUCAGUUCCGGAACUUCCAGUAAGAGUACUAAGCUGGUACACGGUGGCGUUCGUUACUUGGAGAAGGCUUUCUGGGAAUUGGAUUACAACCAGUACGCAUUGGUGAAGGAGGCUCUUCGCGAGCGUCGCUGGUUCUUGAACACAGCUCCACACCUGUCAUCAUGGCUACCCAUCAUGGUGCCGCUGCAAAAAUGGUGGCAGGCACCCUACUUCUGGGCGGGUUGCAAGGCCUAUGACCUUCUGGCUGGCUCCGAGGGCAUUGAGAGCUCUUACUUCCUGACCAAGAGUAAGGCCAUUGACUCAUUCCCCAUGCUGAAGCGUGAAAAUAUGGUCGGUGCCAUGGUCUACUACGAUGGUGCUCACAACGAUUCUCGCAUGAACGUUUCCCUGGCUAUGACCGCUGCCCUCUACGGUAGUACCGUGGUGAACCACAUGGAGGUCACCGGUCUGACCAAGGACGCGGAUGGCAAGCUGUGCGGUGCCGUUAUGAAGGACGUGAUCCCCGGCAUGGAUGGUAAGGAGAGCGAAGAGUUCACGAUUCGCGCCAAGGGUAUCAUCAAUGCCACUGGUCCCUUCUGUGACUCCAUUCGUAAGAUGGACGAGCCCGAUACCAAGGAAAUCGUUGCGCCCAGCUCCGGUGUUCACAUUAUCCUCCCCGGUUACUACAGCCCUUCGGACAUGGGUCUCAUUGAUCCGUCUACCUCUGACGGCCGUGUCAUCUUCUUCCUUCCCUGGCAGGGCAACACCAUCGCCGGUACCACCGAUGCCCCCACCGAGAUCACCGCCAACCCUGAGCCAUCCGAGGAGGAUAUCAAUUGGAUUCUGAAGGAGAUUCGUGGCUACCUGGCUUCCGAUAUCAACGUGGAGCGUGGAGAUGUCCUGGCCGCUUGGUCCGGUAUCCGUCCCUUGGUGCGCGACCCCAACAAGAGCAGCUCCCAGGCUCUGGUCCGCAACCACCUGGUCUCCGUCUCUGCUUCCGGCCUGUUGACCUGCGCCGGUGGUAAGUGGACCACCUACCGCCAGAUGGCCGAGGAGGCUGUCGAUGAGGCUAUCAGCUCGUUCAACCUGAAGCCCCGCUCCCUGACCAAUGUCCCGGAUAUCAGUGGUGUUGGUGGCAGCGGCCUUGUGGCUGACGGUGCCACCCUGAACGGUACCUGCCAGACCCACCAGGUGCGCCUGAUCGGUGCCCACGGUUUCUCCAAGACUCUUUUCAUCAACCUGAUCCAACACUUCGGUCUCGAGACCGACGUCGCUAAGCACCUCACCGAGUCCUACGGUGACCGUGCCUGGCAAGUUGCUGCCCUCUCCUCCCCGACCCACGAGCGUUUCCCCGUCCGUGGCUGCCGUAUCUCUCCCCUGUACCCCUUCGUCGAUGGUGAGGUCCGUUACGCCGUCCGUCACGAGUAUGCUCAGACUGCCGUCGACGUCAUUGCCCGCCGUACCCGUUUGGCCUUCCUGAACGCCGAGGCUGCCCUGGAAGCCCUUCCCCAGGAUGUCGAGUGGAAGGACUCACUCAGCUACCUGGCCUCCAUGGGUCUCCCUCAGACUUUCAUGAAGCUGUCCCGGAAGGAGGUGCAGAGUGGCCGAGUGAUGGAGCUUGAUGAGGAAGCAUACAAGAACUUCUCUCGCACUGAACCCCCUGCCGACAUCCUCCAGCAUGAUACCAUCGCCACACCUGAGACCGCCUCGUAUGACCGGUCAAAUGUGACUUCCCCCCGUGAGAUUUCUGUCUUCCAACUACACACCUCACCUUUUAUUCCCCUCCCCCCCGAAUUCCUUAUUUUUGCAAUGGCAUCGAUAAUCCAGUGGGUUUACAAUACCCCGCGCCAACUUGAGGCAAAUGAGAUCGACAGUGUGGAUGUCAAACCGACAGAUUUCCCGGCCGAGCAAGACCCAUUCGGCGAUGAACGCGAGGAGACGGUGAAGUAUAAGACCAUGACAUGGUGGCAAGCCAGCAUGAUCAUGAUCGCCGAAACAAUCUCCCUUGGCAUCCUCUCUCUACCAAAGGCGUUGUCCAUUCUAGGUCUUCUUCCAGGCAUUUUUACUAUCAUCCUGGUCGGAAUGAUCUCCACAUACACCGGAUACACAAUCGGAAGACUCAAAACCCAACACCCAGGAAUCCACUCCAUGGCCGACGCAGGCGAUCUACUCCUGGGAAAAGCCGGCCGUCAUGUCCUCGGAUUCGGCCAACUAGUCUUCUUCAUCUUCGUAAUGGGAAGCCACAUCCUAACCUUCUCAAUCAUGAUGAACGUCCUCAGCGACCACUCAGCCUGCACAAUCCUCUACUCAUCAAUGGGCCUCCUAAUCUCAUUUCUAUUAACUCUUCCCCGCCGACUGGAGCGCCUAUCCCACCUCUCAACCGUGAGUUUCAUCAGCAUCAUCGGCGCAGUUCUAACAAGCAUGAUCGGCGUAUCAGCAAGCAAAAUGGUCAUCAGUCCUGUCCCGCUUUUCGCCCCGGUACCGACAGUACACGAUGCUUGCCUUGCGAUCGCGAAUAUCAUUUUCGCUUAUGCGGGUCACGUCGCGUUUUUCACUCUGUUCUCGGAACUCAGGGAUAUCAAGGAUUUUCCGAAGGCUCUUUCGCUGCUCCAGAUGUGCGAAAUGGUUAUGUAUACGAUUUCCGCUAUCGUGAUAUAUCUCUACGUUGGUGCGUCUGUCACAUCGCCUGCUUUGAAUUCUGGAGGAAUUCUUUUUCGCAAGAUCUCGUAUGGUAUUGCGAUUCCGACGAUCGUAAUCGGAGGCGUCGUAAACGCCCACGUCGCAGUCAAAUUUAUCUACGUCCGCCUCUUCCGAGGAACCAAUUCAAUGCAUACCCAAUCAUUUGCGGCCCGGGCCGCGUGGGCCGGCAUAUGUGCUGCGCUUUGGAUCGUCUCGUGGCUGAUUGCAGAAGGAAUUCCUGUUUUCAACGAUGUGCUCGGUCUUGCGAGCUCCCUCUUCGCUAGCUGGUUCUCUUUCGGUCUGCCGGGCUUCUUCUGGUUAUAUUUGAAUCGAUUGAACAAGGACAUUGCCAUUGCCGUUCCGAGAUGGAGGCAGAAGGCUUUGUUUCAAGAGAUGAGAGUUCUGACCGAUCUUGCUACUAGUGUGUGA